CUCCCUAUGUUCAAUCAAUUCAAUUUCCACAUUCCAGCCAUCGCAAAAUUCGACGCGAAUUCGCCCGUUCCUCCCGCCCAUCCCGCUCGUCGUGUUUCCACCAUGGCUCGCACUCUCUUCCUCGUCGCUCUCGUCCUCGGCGUCGUCGCCGCCGCCAAUGGCGCCACCGUGUCCUUCUCCUACGACAAGAGCGGCACUGACUGGCCGGGCGCGUGCGCGUCGGGCGAGCGGCAGUCGCCGAUCAACAUCGUGAUGGACGAGGCGGUGCUGGGCGCGUCGAAGGAGCUCUUCCACGUCAACUACUCCACCGCCGCCAAGGUCGCCGUCGUCAACAAGGGCUCCACCAUCCAGGUGAUUCCGGCGGAGGCGGAGUCGCACAUGCUGCACCUGGCGUCGGGCGACUACAAGCUGCUGCAGAUGCACGUGCACGCCAUGUCGGAGCACACGGUCAACGGGCUCUUCGCGCCCAUGGAGGCGCACUUCGUGCACGUGCACGUCGAUGACCCCAAGAAGCUCGCCGUGGUGGGCGUCAUGCUGCGCCUCCACCGCGACGACGCCAACUCCACGUGGAUCAGUCAGUGGCUAUCUCCCGCACCCGCCGCCAACGGCGCGAACGUGACGGUGCCGGUGUCGGAGGACUUCUGGUCCGCGCUGCUGGCACCGUCCAUGGGGUUCUGGACGUACCCCGGGUCGCUGACGACGCCCGAGUGCGACGAGAUCGUGCAGUGGCACGUGCUGCGCAAGUCGCAGCCGCUGUCCGUGGCGCAGACCAUCCACUUCAUGAACAUGAUGGCCGUCACCAACAACGGCGAGCGCACCGACAACCGCUUCCCGCAGCCCAUCAACGGCCGCACCGUCUACUUCUACUACCCUGCCUCGCUCCCCCAGUAGAUGCGCUCCAAGCCGCCUCGCGCCUUGGCAGCUUUUUCCGUCGGCUGGACUCAACAAAAGGGUAGAAUGCCGACGGUGUGUAGGUUUGCAUGUGCUUGCGAUAUCUGUGUCGCCCUGCUGUGUUUUUUUCCAAGUUAAUAAAGCGAAUUGUUUCAGUGCUGAAGGCUCCUCAUUUGUCAGCCAUGUCCCCUUCCACUAACCCACGCGCCUAGCGGCAGCCUCCCUCAGAACCCGUG